ACCCAGGAUGCACACACGUAUAUACGCACACCGUCGUCUCUAGAUAGCUAGUGAGUGCCUGUGUCCUUUUGCGUACAGCUACAGUGAUUUGCUGAGGAUAUGGAGAGCAGCUACGAUGACAGAUACAGCUCGAGAGAGAGUCGAAGUCGCGCCAGGGGGCGCUCUAUGAGCGGAUCGAAGUCCCGCUCCAGGUCGCGGUCCCGUAGUCGUGAGCGGCGGCGGCGGAGACGGAGUAGGACGCGGAGCCGUAGCAGGGAGCGCUCUUCCCGCUGGGAAAAGGACGACACGUACCGGAGACGAGUGAGAGUCGCAACUGUAGACUGAGUUGUGCACGAGAGCCCGAGCCUUGAUAAACAUUUCCUGACGUGUGUUUUGCACCCUCCACCCUCCCGGUCUCUGCUGUGUGUGGCUGUCGGGCAGCAGAGUGGCGACCGCUCAAGAGAUGGUAGAGAUGGAGCCAGGGAGAGAAGAGACGGCUCAAGCAGAGACCACGGCAGUAUUGAGGAUCCGACUGUGAUUAUGUUACGGAAUAUAAGGGAAUCCGUUCUCAAGGAGGAUGUGAGUUAAUGGGAAUGUAAUAGAUACAGUGCGUUCUAUUCUAUACGGCACCUUGAAGUAUGUGAAACAUGUGGAAUCAUGCUAUAAAAUACAUGUGUACAUACACAUGUAUACAUGCACUUGGGUCCUACUGAACGUGUACAGAUUGCUAAGGCACUUGGAGAUGAUGUUUCGUUUGUGAGGGACAUUCGCCUUGUGACCAGGAAAGGCUCCAGUAGUUUUGCUUUCGUGGAGUUUUACGAUGCAAAAGAUUCUGCGCGGUGGAUGGAGAAAAUCGAGGCUGACCCACUCUACCUGUGUGGCAGUAGAGUGGAUGUCGACUACAGUAGAGCCCAGAGGGACCAGUGGAGGGAUAGAAACAACGAGAGCAGAGACUGGGUCUGCUUCAAGUGUAACACAGUCAACUUCUCCCGGAGGAGGUUCUGCAUGACAUGUGACUGCACUAGAACAGAGUCUGACCAGUUUCAUGAAGAUGUUCGAAGUGGGAAGGAUACCGGACCUCGAGACGACAACGCCCCAUCAAACGUCCUCAUAAUGAAGGGGCUGGAUGUAAAUUCCACCGAGAGCUCUAUUCGAGGGGCUCUGGCCAGCCUGGAGGGACUUCAGCAGCCAGUGGAUGUGAGGAUCAUUCGAGACCACAUCACCAGCGCCUCGCGCGGGUUUUGCUUCCUGGAGUUCUCCAGUGGAGAGAUAACGUCAAUGGCACUUCGAAAAAUGCUGGAGCAAACACCUGCAUUCUUUGUCGAUGGAAGAAGAAUAACUGUGACGUAUGCUCGAGGCAACAACCCAAAAUCCACGGGAACCCACAACGUUGCUAAUGCAGCUAUCGCCCAGGCUCAGUGGUCCAUGUCUCUAGCUCCACAACUGAACUCUAGCCUCGGACAGACCCAGACCAGUCAACAGCAGGGUGCUCAAUGGCAUCAGGCACCAGUUCAGUACAGUCAGCCCCCAGCUAGCACCCAGCAGGAUCAGAGUGUCCACUCCACUAAUCAGCCAGCAUCUUCAUCUGCCGUUUCGACUGUGCCUGCCACGUCUAGUGCCGUGGCAUCCACUACUCAAGAAGCCUCUGACCUUCCUUCCACGUACUCGUACGACCCAACCUCUGGCUUCUACCACGACUCCUCCACCGGACUCUACUAUGAUCCAAAGACACAGUACCACUACAAUUCAAAGACUGGCAACUACUGCUUUUUUGAUGCUACUCAACAGGCCUACAUCCCUGUAGACAGCCAGGGGAAUCCAGUGGCGACAUCAGGCACCACCACGUCAGUGUCUACGUUAUCAGCAGUCGCCACCACCGCAGACACACAGCCAAGGAAAGCUGAAGUUACAAAGCCAUUAAAUGCUAAGAAGAUUGCCAAGGACAUGGAGAGGUGGGCAAAGACUGUGAAUGCAGCAAAGGCUUCUCAGAAGCAGCAGCUGAAGGCUCUCAUACAGCUGGAGAGGGCAGAGGUCGCAGUCCGGGGCGACACAGCCGGAGAUCAACAGCAGCAGCUGUCUCUGGGUACAGAGGUCAGGAGGAGUGGCAUCUCGCUGACCGCUGCUCUGGAGCAAGACACUGCCAGGGAGAAGGCAGCUCUCAGCACCCUGGCAGCAGAUGUCCCUGACAUCCCUGCUGGCCCCACCCCCUCCCUGCCUCCCGGGGCUGACUCUGACCCCGCCCACACUGACUGGGCCCAGCUGGCCUGCCUCGUCUGCAAGAGGAAGUUCCAGUCAAAGGAAGUCCUCGUCAAACACCAGCAGUUCUCAGACCUCCACAAGAAAAACCUGGCAAGUCUGAAACAGAAUGCAUCCAAAGCAGUUGCCCAGCAUCCACCACCACCAACUGAAGAACCUGCUGCUGAGAUGGUGUAUAGAGAUCGUGCCAAGGAACGACGGGAAAAGUAUGGGACCCCAGCCGUUGUCCCAGGCUGGAAGAAGAGGCUGGAGAGGGAGAUUGACAAGGCCAAAUUCUCAAAGUAUGAGCAGCCUACAGUUGAAGGACUAAAAGAAGAUAACCUGGGAAACAAAAUGUUACAGGCAAUGGGAUGGAAUGAAGGUCAAGGAUUGGGGAAAUCAAAUCAGGGAAUCGUGGAGCCCGUCAAGGCUGAGAUGCGGCAGGUCGGGGCCGGGCUUGGGGCGAGGGGCAGCUCACAUGGACUGUACAGUUCAGCUGGGACCUACCGAGAGACCCUCAGACAGCUCACCAAGUCUAGAUAUGACACUGUUUUUCAAGAAUGAGUGCCUUUUCUUCCUGUGUCUGACUACGAUUGAUCUUAAAACAUUGUUGGCGCUCAUACCCUCUAAAAGCCGGACCCUAGUGGAAUUUUCACGACACACCGUCCGUCGUAGUUAUGCGCAUGCGCCGAUAUAACGCGCUUCAACUUGGGCCUCGUUCUCGUCCAGCAACGAC